AAUCUCUGGCGCGCGCCGCUCGCAGCAGCCUUUACUGCCACGGUGUCUCUCACUUGCUGCAGCACCGGCACGGCGACAGGCGCCCAGCACUUGCCUCUUUGCCGGGCCGGCCGCCUCCUGUAGGCAGCUGCUCCGUCCGCGCGGGGAGCGCAGCCCUGCGCCCCGCCACGGCGUCCAUGACCAGCGACUUCCUGAAGACCUGACUCCACAGGGUACAGCAACCGACCGCGAUGAACGCGAGCGCCGCCUCGCUCAACGAGUCCCAGGUGGUGGCAGUGGCGGCCGAGGGAGCGGCAGCGGCGGCCACAGCAGCAGGGACGCCGGACACAGGCGAAUGGGGGUCCCCCGCAGCGGCGGCGGCUCUGGGAGGGGGCAGUGGGGCUAAUGGGUCGCUGGAGCUGUCGUCGCAGCUGCCGGCGGGGCCGCCAGGACUGCUGCUGUCGACGGUGAAUCCAUGGGACGUGCUGCUGUGCGUGUCCGGGACGGUGAUCGCAGGUGAAAAUGCGCUGGUGGUGGCGCUCAUCGCUUCCACCCCGGCGCUGCGCACGCCCAUGUUCGUGCUGGUGGGCAGCCUGGCCACCGCCGACCUGCUGGCGGGCUGUGGCCUCAUCCUGCACUUCGUGUUCCAGUACUUGGUACCCUCGGAGACUGUGAGCCUGCUCACUGUGGGCUUCCUCGUGUCCUCCUUCGCCGCCUCGGUCAGCAGCCUUUUGGCCAUCACUGUGGACCGCUACCUGUCCCUGUACAACGCGCUCACCUAUUACUCGCGCCGGACCCUGUUGGGCGUGCACCUCCUGCUCGCAGCCACCUGGACCGUGUCCCUAGGCCUCGGGCUGCUGCCAGUGCUCGGCUGGAACUGCCUGGCCGAGCGCACCGCCUGCAGCGUGGUGCGCCCACUGACGCGCAGCCAUGUGGCACUGCUCUCUGCCACCUUCUUCGCGGUCUUCGGCAUCAUGCUGCACCUGUACGUGCGCAUCUGCCAGGUGGUCUGGCGCCACGCGCACCAGAUAGCGCUGCAGCAGCACUGCUUGGCGCCGCCCCACCUCGCCACCACCAGAAAGGGCGUGGGUACGCUGGCUGUGGUGUUGGGCACUUUCGGCGCCAGCUGGCUGCCCUUCGCCAUCUAUUGCGUGGUGGGCAGCCACGAGGACCCAGCCAUCUAUACCUACGCCACCCUGCUGCCUGCCACCUACAACUCCAUGAUCAAUCCCAUCAUCUAUGCCUUCCACAACCAGGAGAUCCAGCGUGCCCUGUGGCUCCUGUUCUGUGGCUGUUUCCAGUCCAAAGUGCCCUUCCGCUCCAGGUCACCCAGUGAAGUCUGAAGGGCUCCUCCGUGUCCUCUCACCAACACCACACCCCAACAAGCCAGCCUUUGGUGAGCUUCUUGACUCCUGCUGAUGAACUGUGAGAUCACAAAUGCUGGAAUCUGACUUUGGAAAGAAAGAGGGAAUGAACGUACAUUUAACAAACUUACAAGAACAAAGAGGCUUGUUGGCACUUUACAUAUACAGUGUAUACAUGUGUACAUAUAUAUACAAAUAUUUGUAUCUUCUGGAGGUGUUCAGGAUGUGGAGCUUCCUGUUCUGUGAAAAACUAACAAAAACAUGUGGUUGUAUACUCAACUUGUACAUCACAUUAGUCAAGUGAAGACAUUCCAAUACUGCUUAAUUACAGCACUUUAUUUUUAGCUGCUGAAGUGCCAAAACAGUGUUGCCAUUUUCAAGGGCAGGGGAAAGGGAAUAAAAGGAGUAUUUUUGUUGUAUGUGAUAGAAUAUUUUGCUGCAGAUGCAUCAACAAAUUACAACAUAUUUUGUACACAAAUAAACACAUUAUAAAAAU